AUAAACUUGAUCGUUCGUUUUGGCGCAAUUUUUCGCUGAGUCCGCAAAUCCUGCAUCGACCCGUCGGGAAAAAGAACGCAUUGAGAUCAGAAUCGCGAGAACCGCUCGGUAGUGCUCAAGUGCUUACAAGAUGGCAUCGGAACAAGUCCCGGACGACGCGGUGGAAGUGACCCGCCUCUUCGAGUGCUGCAUUUGCCACCAGGGCCUGCAGGAUGCGCACAUUUGCGCCCAGUGUUCGCAGCCUUUUUGCCGGAAGUGCAUCGACGAGUGGCUCGCCAAGGAGGCCAACUGUCCGUGCUGCCGGCGGGCGCUGUCCGCGGCCGGACUGGUCAAGGCGCGCACCUUCGACCAGAUGCAACAGGUCGUGAACCGGCUGGUGGCCAGCGAGGGCCGGAACCGGUGCUCGGAACACCGCAAGGAGUUGUCGUUUUUUUGCUUUUUUUGCGAGCAGUGCGUUUGCGCGGUUUGUCUGUUCUCCGAUCAGCACCUGGAGCACAAGGAUCAGGCCGUCUUGCUGGAGGUCGCCUACGGUCAAUACAAGGACAAGUUAGGCGCGGCUCUGAAGUCGACGGAUGAGCGCAAAGAGAACUUGAUCAAAUCGAUCAAGAUUGUUGAGAUCAACCAGAACCUGCUUACCGAAAAACUGAACGAACAGAAAGAUCAUCUGGAACGAUUGGAGAAAGACCGUGCUCGCACUGACGAGUUGUAUGGCCAAGCGGAGAAAUUGCUAACGGACGAAAAGGAUGCCUCCACGCUGGUCAAGAUGAUGGAAAUGCUCCAAACCUCAGAGAAAUUUCUUUCUGAGGAAAAACUGGAAGAAACUCUGAUUGAUGUAAUUCAUCAAAGGAACCUUCUUCCAGAACCAGCAGUGCUCAAAUUCCGCCUGGAACGGUUCAACGAAACACUUUCGAAGCAUGGCAGGUACGAAUCGUUGCCUCUGUCAAAGGAUGGAUUCUCGUGGAAGGUUCAAUGUGUUAAAUCGCUAACGCUAAUGGAUUGCUACCGGGUUUUCUUGCAACUGGAAGAAGGACUCCCAGGGGAUUACGUGGUGGAAAUUUUGGAUGAUUUUUGUGUUUAUGAUGCCGUUACGAUGCAUUUUAAGCAGUUAUGCUCAUACGCUGAAGUUGGCGAAUAUGAGGAUUUAUCGAUUGACACUGCCCACGACACCGCAGAGUUGGAAAUCCGCAUCCAGCAGGCUCGCUCCCACGCCGAACGGUGCAUCCAGCUGGAGCACUACGUGAAGCGGUUGGAGGCGAAGAACAGCGAGAACGAGCUGUUCAUGCGGUACCUGGCCGAAUACCAGAGCAAGAUGGGAUCGAUUUGAUUUGAUCGAUUUUCCGUUGGUUUUAUUAACAUGACCUUUUAUUUUACCUAAAUAUUUUGUUCAGCUCAGCUGUAAAUACGAUGAAAACUGUACUGAAGAAUUUCUCAGAUUGAACUCAAUAAA